CGAUGGUGCCCAGGCUCCGCCCUGAUGCAGACUCUGCUAGUCCUCUUUAGUUAAGUUUAGAAGACCAACGCAACAAAAUGCCGAAGCAGAUCACCGACAUCCGUGACUUCCUGCAGAAGGCGCGCCGCAAAGAUGCCCGCUCGGUGAAGAUCAAAAAGAGCGACAAGGUCGUCAAGUUCAAAAUCCGCUGCUCCAAGUACCUGUACACGCUCUGCGUGACCGACACGGAGAAGGCCGACAAGCUCACGCAGUCCCUGCCUCCUGGACUCCAGCGCAAGGAUAUUUAGGUGUGGCAACAUGCAAGUGCGGCGCAUAAUAAAGCUCGGUCUUCUUAAGCUUUUUCAGCGUUGAGAGGCAGGUGGUAGAUCCACUGUAGAGGAAUAUCAGCAGGGGGUUUGAGCUGCACAACACAGCAGGGAGUCUUUCGUAACAGCUUCCCCUAUAUCUGCUCGCUCGCUAAUGUGGACGGACGGACGCAGUGGGAAGUCAGGGGAGUCACAAAUACCAUCACCUUGAUCCGCAGGUUUAUCGCUUUUUGUUGUAUGGAGAAACCGUUUUGGGUUG